AAUAGACGUAUUUUAUUGUUAUCCAUUCUUCAGUCCGGUUGACGGUAGUAUGUCGUAUACAACCACGAAGAUCGAAAAUGACAACAAUGUUCGGUCUAUGUUCCAAUGCCACACAACGUAUAAUUGUUCAGAUGUGAUUGAACUAUAUGCAUGUAUUCUAGAGGCUCAACAAGAAUCUCAAAUGCAAAAUUUUAUGAUUCAUGAGUCUAUCAUUCCAACGUCACCACCACCCAUAACACAAAAUGAGCCAUUAUUUCCAAACGAAGACGUUGGAGACAACAGCGAGGAUGAAGAGGCCAGGUAUGUAAAUACUCAAAAUCUUUUUAGUGGUGACAGAGGAGAUUCAGGUGAUGAAAUGCAUGUGGGGAAACAAGAGGUUUCUAUGGAUUUGUAUAAUCCCCCACUUCACAUGAGAAAUGUUACCUUAGAUGACAUAGAGGAUGGUUCAAUUUUUUAAACACCAGAACCAAUGCAAAUAGAGGGUGGUUUGCUUGGCAUGAGAUUCGCAAAUAAGGAGGAGUGUGUCUUUGCUAUUGCUCAGUAUCACAUCAAACACUCUCUUAAUUAUGAAGUUUAUAAGUCUGAUACUAAAAGAUAUAUAAUCAAGUGUUCCAAUGAGGAUUGCACGUUCCGAUGUAGAGCUUCAUUGGGGAAAAAAAGUGGUACCUGGGUGAUUAGCACGGUAAGUGGACUGCACACGUGCAUUUCGUCUGCAAUUACUCAGGAUCAUCGGAAACUAAACUCAAACAUCAUCAGUGACAGCUGAUCGGAAAAAUAGCAAGUGUACUAUUUUUACCGAUGUAGUUAUAAUGAGUUUACCCCAAGUAUCCAUCUCGAGGAUUGCGUAGGAAAUAUAAGUUAUUGUAAUGAGUCAAUUAAACAAAAGAGCAUAGGGGUGCUUUCGCUUAUCAAUGAAAUAAGUUGAAAUAAUACAAAUAAGCUAAAAUUAAAAUUGAACUUUUUAUAAUAUGAGAAAAAUGCCAAGGUAAGGUGUGUGAUUUACUUUAUAACUCCUCUGGAUUAAGAUCUCUUUAACAAGUUCAUACAAUUCAAUUAUUUAUUCUUAAGGAUGUUUUCCCUAAGUCCUUAGAGAAAACCUUUUGGUUUAUAAUCCUAUUACCUAAGUCCUUAGAGACAUAGGAGAAAACCAAAUCUUUGAUUAAUCAAGAAUUUCUAAAUAACCAUACGGUAUCCCUAGUCCUAGGUGAUAACUAUACGGUUCAAUUGUAUACAAACCUUAACAAUCGUAGUCCUACAAAUUGUUAACCAUAGAACAAUCCUUAUUGAUCUGAUAAAGACAUCAUUGGAAACCUUAUACAAUCGAAUUGUACAAUACGAACAUUUGAUUAAUGGAAUACGAAUUAAAUCAGGGACACCCCCUAGCAUUGGGGGGUUUAGCCUCUCAUAAUAUUCAAGAAACACAAAUCAAAGAGUUUAGACAUUACAAAGAUGAUUGGGAACUUUGAUCUUCAAUGGUGUCCACCGUUGAAUCUCUCCGUCUCCGAAACCCUUGAUGAAGCUAUCUUAUCCUCUCUCUGGAAUUCUAUCGUAUUCUGCAAAAAGUGAUUCUCUCUUGUCUCAAAAUCACUUUUAAUCUGUUUUAGGUUUUCAGGUCCCAGACAAAACACCCAAAAUGCCCCUGGUACUUUAAAAAUAACAAAACAGAAAAAUCAGAAUUUCUGUCCCGCACAGCUGACACGGCCGUGUCACUUGACACGGGCAGACCGUGUCAGCUUCUGCCACUUUGGGGAGAGUUCUUCAGAAGGUCUGACACGGCCGUGUCAUCUGACACGGGCAUCCCGUGUCAGCCUCUGACUUCAUAAUUUGGCUUUGACUUCAACAUCAAAGUUGUAGCCCUUUUUGUUAGCGAAAUUUUGCCACUGGAACCGCGUCAUUCCAAGUUACGAAGCUCUUGUUAUGAUCAAAAUACUACACGCUUGUCACGAUUUUCAGCUUCUUUUACACCAACACUUGUGAAAUUUCCAUCUGAUCCAAAAUUAACCUACAACCACCAAGUAGAGAGAUCAAAAGCAUCUAAAAAGACAUGAUUAUAAAAUAAAUAACAUAAUGCAAGCUAAUUAACAAAAUAAAGGGAAAUCAAUGAAAACUCUUAAUAAACAACUCAAAGUUUUACCAAACUUGAUGAUCUUGUGCCAAAUUCAUAACAAAACUAGGUAGAAAUGGUGACCGAUCAACAACAUCAAACGUCUCAUUCAAGAGGAUGUCUCGUUGAAGGUUAAACACAUCAUUGCUCAUAUUGUGAGAAAUUCAACUACAUGAUUUCUUACAAAAAAGCAUGGAUUGCAAAGAACAAGGCAAUAGCAUCAACCUAUGGUAAUUGGGAGACAUCCUACAAUGACCUUCCUCAAUGGUUGUUGGUCAUGAAACAUUAUUUUCCAAGUGUUGUAAUAGAACUAGAGACACUACCAGCAAUAUCAGAUGACGGGACACAAAUUGAUGGUUGUAGAAUUUUCCAUUGUCUCUUUUGGGCAUUCCAACCAUGUAUCAAGGGUUUUGAAUACUACAAAUAUGUUGUUCAAGUUAAUGGGACAUGGUUGUAUCGUAAAUACAAGGGCACUUUGUUACUAGCUGUUGCACAAUAUGGGAACAGGAACAUCUUUCCAAUAGCUUUUGCAUUGGUUGAGGGUGAGACAGGUGAUGCAUGGAUUUUUUUUCUAAGGAACCUAAGAAUGCAUGUUACGCCGCAACCAAACAUCUAUCUAAUAUCAGACAAACACGUGUCCAUAAAAAGUGCAUAUGAUAACCCAGAAAAUGGGUGGCAAUACCCACAAUCUUCCCAUGUCUAUUGUAUUAGACAUAUUACCCAAAACUUUAUGCGAGAGAUAAGAGACAAAGAGCUUCGCAAAAAAGUCGUUAACAUGGGUUAUGCAUUGACUGAGUCAACAUACAACUACUAUAGGGGGGUGAUACGUAUGUCAAACAUGGAUGCAUUCAAUUGGGUAGAAAAUAUUCCAAUAGAGAAAUGGUGUAGAGCUUUGGAUAGAGGGCAACGGUGGGGUCAGAUGACUACCAACCUGGCAGAGUCAAUGAAUUCGACUUUGAAGGCCACUCGUAAUCUACCUGUUACACAUUGGUCGGGUCAACAUACUUUCGGAUGGGUGAAUUAUUUGAGAGAAGAGGUCAUGAAUGGACAAAAAAAUCGGGUUCUGGACAACGGUAUACCAAAAGUUGCAUGAAAGGGAUUGAAGAGGAGGCUGCCAAAGCAAGUACUCAUAACGUCCGACAAUUUGAUCG